GCGAGGACGCUAGCCCAAAGAGGACAAUAUCUGUUAACGGUGGGCUUAGGCUGUUACAAAUGGUAUUAGAGCGAGACAUUGGACGAUGUGUCAUCGUGGAGGUUGAGCUCGGAAGGGGGUGUGCCAAUAAGGACGUUGGGUCUCAAAGGGGGUGGGGAUUGGGAGGUUCCACAUCGAUUAGAGAAGGGAAUGAGUGCGAGCGAGGACACUGACCCCGAGAAUUGUGAGAUCCCACAUCGUUUGAGAAUGCUUUCGAACAGAGAAUCAGCUCGACGAUCAAGGAGAAGAAAGCAAGCACAUUUAACCGAACUCGAGACUCAGGUUGCACAACUAAGAUUUGAAAAUUCGACCUUGUUGAAGCGCCUUGCCGAUAUAAGCCAAAAAUACAACGAAGCCAACGUCAAUAACCGCAUUCUAAAAGCUAACAUUGAGACAUUAAGAGCAAAGAUAAAAAUGGCUGAGGAGACUGUUAAACGAGUUACUGGUAACCCGAUGUUCCAUGCCAUGUCUGAGAUUACCUCGGUCGGCAUCUCUUCGUUGGACGGUAGCCCUUCCGAUGCGUUAGCAGAUGGCACUGUUCCAUUGCAAGAUGGUUCAUGCCAUCUAUAUCAACCUGCAUCUAAUAAACCUGUGGUUGCACAUGACAUAGGAGUCAACAAUGGCUUGGGUGACAUUUCACAUGUAGACGGUGGGCAGCAGGAGUCGUCCUCUCUGGUACUGUCAGCUGUGUCUGUGAACAAGAUCGAAAGAUCGGAGUCUUUGCAGCGAGUGGCUAGCUUGGAGCCUCCACAAAAGCGGAUCUGUAGAGUCCAAGCAAAUGGAGAGCAAUAGAUACAGCAUACUAGAUUUGUGUUGGAUAGAUUAGUGAAUUUUACAAAAUUUAAAAGUUUAGAGACUAUCGUUUUGAAAGUUUAUGGAUUAAAUAGAUACGAAUCUUCACUUUUUUCAC